UGUAUGAUACCCCAAAAAUCGUCGAAAUACCCAUCCAAGACGACUACAAAUACUAUUUCUUGCCUGAACUAUUUUUGGUAAAUUGAACCCAUGGAGUCUACAUAAAACUCCAUGAUUGAACCUAAUAUUCAUUGGUUGUGAGCAAUGAACUUGAUUGUGGAAGAUGAACGCAAAAAGGUCACUAAUGACAAAACUUCACAGUCAUUAUCAAAAAAAGGCUACUUUUUAAUUGGUUUGACAGGAGGAGUUGGUGUAGCGCUAAGCGUAAUUUGUAUACCGUUUAUCAGCCCGGCACUACGCAAAAUAUGCUUACCUUUCGUACCUGCAACAAAUGAGCAGAUCUCUAAUAUCACGCAUGCAUUACGAGGUCGAUCGGGAUCUUUAAUAGACUUGGGAAGUGGCGAUGGACGUUUGGUGAUUUCAGCAGCGAGAAAAGGUUUCAACGCUACUGGUGUAGAAUUAAAUCUGUGGCUAGUUUGUUAUUCAAAACUGACAACUUAUAUUCAUGGAUUAUCAUCGAAUGCUAAAUUUAUCAGGAAAGAUCUUUGGAAAGAAAAUUUAAAUGUAUAUGACAACGUGAUAAUCUUUGGGGUCGAACAAAUGAUGGAGGAACUGGAGCGAAAAUUCAUUAGUGAGUUAAAAGAUGAUUGUACUGUUAUUGUUUGUCGGUUUCCACUACCAAAUUUGACACCGAUAAAAAUCGUUGGACACGGAAUCGACUCAGUUUGGAUAUAUAAAUUUCAAAAAAAAAAAUUUUGAUUUAUUUUGAUGAGAAGCUGUCGUCUACAUUUUCUAUUGGAAAAUGAAAUCUUAUCGUCAUGCGGCUUGCCGCUAUGUUAGCUAAUACAUGAAAUGAUUGCAAAAGUAGAAAAAUUUGAAAAAAAAAAAUUGAUAAAUACAACCAGCAUUUAAUUAAACUUAAUUUUUUGACUUUUAUAAUUUGUUUCUACGAGGCUUUACAAAAAAACAUUAUUCGGCUUAUCGAGUCGAAAAAGACUCACUUUUGUACAUUCCUUCAAGCAUUAUUUAUUUAUCGUGAUGGUUUUUACAAGGUUCGUUUAGCAUUGAGAAUAGAAAGUAUGAUGAGAAUAGUUAGGAAACUUAAAAAAAACUAUUUUAUUUUUCCAUAAGACUUCAACUUUUUUUUACAUUGAAAUUGAACUCAAAUAUUCUAUCUUUUUUUAAAUUAAAUGUAAGAGACCAGUCAAUGGCAUUUUGACAUGUAACAUUUUUGAUUUUCCGGAACAGAAAAACGCCCUGACGAGUAUUUUUGUCCCAAGUUAUUCUCUCACCUGGAAUAACUUGCGUAAGCGGUCCUGUCGAAACUGUAGUUUCAAUAUCUAAGUGCCAGUCUAUCCAUAAUGCUAACCCAUUAAGAGAUCCAGCCC